AUGUCGCGCGGACGGUGCUUCAUUUCGCCCUUUCUUGUGUGUCUCUUCUUCGCGCUUUGUGCUCAUUUCGGCCUUCAGAGCCGAGAUGCUCUGCGGGCGCUGCGGCAGCGAUGCACGCCCUCAAGGAACCCUCCGGUCGCUUCGCCCGGCUGUCUCUCCCCUUCUGCGCUUCCUUCCCCGCGGACGCCCUCGGCGACGCUUGCGCUUCGUCCCUCCCGCGUGUCUCCUUCGCGCGGCCUUUCCCGUUCGCCGGAUCCGUCUCCACUGCGCGCGCGCGCCCCCGCAGAACGCGCGGGGCGCCAGGUGGCGCCGGCAGGGCCGCAGGCGGGGAAGGCGUCGCGCGAGUCGCCGCGGACGCCGUCGUCGGCCGUGGCUGCCCUUGCGCGUGACGCCCGUCCGGCUGUGAAGACGCUCCUCGUUGCGCCGCGCACGGCGGCGCGCGACCUGUCCCGUGGGCUGCGGCGCGGAGCUCCCCCAGCCUCCGCGGCCUCCUCGUGUGGGGCGGCCUCCGGACACGGCUCCGCCACUGCGGAAACACCGCGCAAAGGCGGCAACUCACGCGAACGCGACAAGGCAGGCGCGGGGGGCGACGCCGCCAGACGAGGGCGAGUCCGACGCUCGCAGUCUCUCCCUGCAGGCGGCUCGUCCGAGGCGCGGUCGCUCCAAGGUCCCGGUUCGCCUCCUCCCACCCUCAGCCGUAAACGCCCCCCGCGCGAGCGCGCCUGCUGCAGAGACCUCCGCCAGGCGCGAGAGGGGCGGCUGCGCAGUCUGCAGGCGGCGCACGACGCCGGAGCGACUCCCCGGCGGCGGGACCCGAGCGAGUUCGCAGCGCUAGCCGCCUUCCUCUCGCGACACGGCCCUCCGCACUCUCAGUGCGUCGCCUGCCUCCCCAGCACCCCCUCGGACUCGCCGGUGCAAGCCUCGCCCGCGGCGUUGUCGCAUGAGAGACUUCGGCCGUUCCGCGAGGCCACCCACACGACGUCUCUUGCAUUGGCAUCGGCGUCGUCGUCGGCGAGUCCUUCCUCGCCCUACGCGUACUCGACCCGCCUGGACGGCUGCCUCGCCUGCAGCCCCUCCGCGCGCCGCAGGCGGCACGAGGACGGCGCAGACUCCAGGCGCGUCUCGCCGACGCGGGCGAGAGACGUCCGCGAAGCGACCGCAGCGGCAGAGCGCGCAGAGGCUGUGCGACGCAGAGAAGUCCGCGCCGGCGAGCUGAAACGCCGGCGGGACGCCCAGCAGUCUCUCGCGCCCUCGCGAAUGGAGGCAAACGCGUUGGAGGGCAGACCAGAGAUAACAUGCGGAGACACCGAGCCGCCGCGGCUGUCUCUGGGGCGAGGGCGAGUCUCGCAAGGCUUCGCCUCGGAGGGGACGAGCCAGGACGCAGGCCAGAGACCAACGGCGUUGACAGGCCUCUCUCAGGAAGACGAGAGGAGACUCUACAAGCACAUGCCUCAAAACCUGUUGCUGCUUUACAAGUCGAUGGCGCGGCGUAAUGGGGCGGCCUCGGCGGAGACGGCGACUGCAGAGGCCGCCUCCUACGUUCCUUCAGUCAGGUGUGCGGCGCGAGAAGACACGAGGGAGGCUGCGGUCUCGCCGAGUCUCCGGAAGGCACAACCGGCGGCGGGGUCGACCUCGAGGGCGGCCGGGGGCGAGGAGGCCGAAGAGACUGAGGACUCUCUGCGCACGCCGAGAGGCGUUUUGAAAGCUGAGAAGCUUCGCGAGACAGGGAGGCAAAACUGCCGACACGCCUCGCCUCUGCGCUACGGGGGCUCGGGGGCUGUCACUUUGUUUGAGAGAAGACGAAGCUGCGAAGUCGAGAAGCCAGUCGCCUCAGUGAGACCGGAGACGUCUCUCUCGCGCGCGCGCUCGCUAUCUUCUUCGCCGCGUGCGAGGCGCGUCACGACGCCCGCAGAGGACGGAACUCAUCGUGCUAGACUUCUCGCGAUGAGAACCGCAGGCAGGCCGCUGUCGCUGUGUCCGCGGACAGGCGCCCUCGCAGCGACACGCCAGGGAAGCAGGCCGACAGCCCAGCGCCAUCUGGAAGCGAGUUGCCACAGCGCCCAGACGCGUCUGAGUGGAGAGGCAGGCGGUCUGCAGUGGACAUGCAGAGCGGGGUCGCCUCCUCGAGGCGCCAGGGCUGGAAAACUCUGCGGUGCUGAAACGCGGAGAGCGGGUAGAGGAACAGAGAGCGGAGGCAGACUCCUGCGAGACGGAAGCAGCGCGCGGAGCCGCCGUGAGGGCGCAACAGACAAGAAGCAAGCUGAGGCAGUGACGCGCGCGUUGCAGUCACCUGUGUCGAUGAACGCCGUGGAAAAGAAUGCGAAGAAGCUGCUGCAGCGGAUGCAGCACGAGCUGGGGCGGUCCGCGCCGACGCUUUUGCCUGUACAAGCGAAGCUCCAGAGUCUCGUGGAGCAAUUGGUCGCGGGCUGCUCAGAGCGCGACGACAGGGUUCGGCACCUAGUUCAGCUCUUGUGUGUGAGCCAGAAAGCGGCGUCGCCGCCUCUUUCGCCUUCUCUGUGUUCUCCGCGGCAGAGCGGAAGGCUCGCGCAAAGCCGCGCCCAGGCCCCGGCCGCCGCGGUGGCCCGAAGGUCCACCCCUGGCGUGCGUCUUUCUUCUCGACAUCCUGGGGGUCGCACUACCAUGCCAGCUGCUCUUGAGGCCAGCAGGCAGUGGAGUCCCAUGAAACAGAAUUGCUACUGA